AUGAAUAAUAACAACAAUAACAACAACAAUAUCUCUAAUAACCAAAAAAUUCUUAUCCAAAUCAAAGCCCUCCUCAAAUCUAUCGCAUCCCAAGCAAAAAAUGGUAACCAGCUAACACUAACUCUCCCACAAAUCCCUUCAAAAUCAUCCUCUCGGGUCCUCCGGUUCCCUUCUCCAACAUCUUCAUCAUCAUCAUCUGCUCCUCCACCUUUUGUAGUCUACGUCUACAUUCUUUAUCAAAUGAUCCAGCUCAUUGAAUCAAACUCAAUCACCACUAAAAGAGACCUCUAUUAUAGAAACGUCCCCCUCUUUGGCUCCCAAAAAACUGUUGACCGUGCUGUCGACGCCAUUGCUAAAAGUCUUAACGUUCAACGUAUCGACCUCGGUGUUGUUGCUGCUCCUAAAUCUUGCGUCUAUAUUCCUAAUGGCUCUUCAAUUACUUUGUUCUCAGCUACUGGUGCAUUUCGAGAUCUCGUUGGAGACUCACUCAUUCCAGUAGAUCUCGUCCCAGUUUAUAUCCGCCUUAACGGGAAUUUCUCCUCUGUUCUUGUUGUUGAAAAGGAAGCUGUUUACCGUCAACUCUGCUCUACUUCUUCUUUAUCUUUACAACAAACUCUAAUUGUCACAGGUAAAGGUUUCCCAGAUCUUAGCUGCAGAGUAUUUCUAGCUACCAUCUCCGUCUCUCAUCCAACUCUCCCCAUUUACGCUCUCGUCGAUUCAGACCCCCACGGAAUUGCCAUUUAUCUCGCUUACAAGUCCGGUAACCUUUCUUCCCAAGCCCCACCAGUCCCUAGACUUGAAUAUCUAGGUGUUUCGCUCUCAGAAUAUUCAAACAAGGCUCUUAGAAAAGCAGAAACUCAUUGGAUUGACUUGAAUCAUAGAGAUGUGACUCUAGCAAUUUCCUUAAUUACUUCACGAAAUUGGUCUUCUUCAUCUUGCUUAGAAUUUAACCCAGUCUUGCGAGAACUUCAAAUGGGCCUCUUUUUGUUCAAAAAAGCUGAAAUGAACAAUGCAACAGUAGUUAGUAAUGAUGAAAAAAUUGGCAACUCCAUUGUAGACUAUGUAGAAUUCAAGUUGAGGCCUAAUCAACUGUCUUGA